AUGGUCAAAACAUUUCUUGGUGACUUGCUCCUGUUCCUGGCGCAUGAUGAGUCCGUUAGUUUUUCACUGGUGGGAAAUAAGAUUUUAAUAGGCUGUUUAGUGGGUCUUCUUUCAUCUGCUUGUCAAUCAGUUGGUCUUAUUCUUCAAAGAAAAUCUCAUUUGGUACAUGAGUCUGCUGCUCUGAGUGGCCAUCAAUUGUCACCAUACAAAAGAUCGUUGUGGCAUCUAGGAUUUUUGUUAUUCAUCAUCUCUAACGUUUUUGGCUCUACCAUCCAGCUUUCUACUCUUCCAUUGAUUGUAUUAAGUCCUCUACAGUCGAUAGGUUUGGUGUUCAAUACCAUAUUCAACGCUCUGAUCUUACAUGAGAAAUUCACGCGACAAUCAUUUUAUGGAACUAUGCUGGUUGGUGUGGGAGCAUUCUUGAUCGCUUUAUGCGGGGGUAGUAUUGGUGAACCAGAAUAUGACCUUGCAGACUUUAUGGAGCUCCUGAGUCAAAAGGGGUUUGUUGUUUGGAUAAGUGUGGAAUUUGGGAUAAUUAUUCUCAUAAUUUCUUGGAUAAUGAUAUCAUCAUAUGAAAUCUCUCGCGAAUCGAGACAAGGCCAGGUCAGCCCCUAUAUACAACGCUUACACGUAUUUGGUGCGAACUUGAAAGAUCUUCUCAGAAGUGUUCAGGACAACGAUUCAAAUAGUGAUUCUAGUCCUCAACUUUCAACAAAUACGUUCAAGGAAAAGUUGCUCCAGCUUCUUUUAUGGGUUCUUCGCUGCAGCUCAGCAGUUUACCAUUUUUUGUUUGCAUUUCCACUGGGAACUCUGAAAUCAAUCCAAGGUAUAUUAUAUGGAGUUACAUCCGGUAUGCUUUCCUCUCAAUCUUUAUUGCUUGCAAAAUCCGCCAUAGAAAUAGCCCUUCUGACUCUCUCCAAUCGCAACGUGAAACAGUUGAAUAACUCAUUGGUUUAUCUACUGGUAUUUGUUUUUCUAGUACUGUGUUUGUCUCAAUUAUAUUUGCUGAACCGGGGACUAAAACUGAUCAGUACUUCUAUCCUAUAUCCACUAGUAUUUUGUGUCUACAACGUCUCAAACAUAUCCAAUGGGUUGACAUUCAACAGGCAAUGGUCCCAGUUUUUUGGAGCAGCCGGAUUUUUCAUUUUUUUGGGAACAAUUUUGGUCGUUCUUGGCGUGUUCGUUUUGAGUGAAACAUCCAAACAGACUCAAACUCGGUGUAACAGCUCUUCAAGAUCUAAAUCUCCGACAAGCUUGCCUUUAUUCGAUCCAGAAUUCCAAGAUUAUCAAAGUAUAGCUCAAACAACUCCAAAAUCAAAACAUAAUAGAAAGUUGUCUCUCAGGGAAGGAAUGAUAUCUUGUAUGUUUUCUUUGACAGAUCCCUUUGAUCCAGAGAGCCCCUAUUACGAUCCCUUCAAUGCAGAUAUGUCACCAUCCGGAGUUUCAAACAGAUCUUUGCCCGCAGACUUGAUAAAACCAAUUAUCAAGAAAACAGGCGAAAAUCUGAAUAACGCUGGCAAAAGAGUUUCAGGAUAUAUUAAAAAGUCCAUUGACAACAUUCAGAUGUCGCCUAGCUCACUUGAUGAACCACGCAAGCGAGAUAGGAAUACGAUACUCUGCGACAAUCGUCGAGCAAGUCCCCAAAUUCUUGAUGCAUGUUCUGAACAAACUGAGUACGUGUCGUUCGAUUCUCUAAAAGAGCUCAUAAAUCGGAAUGAUACUACUUACGCAUCUGACCCUUUUAAGGACGGACCUAAAGCUUCCCAUAGAAGUAAACAACAAUUACUCGAUUCUCAAGAAUCUGAUUUAGGUUCCUUAGGCUAUGGUCCAAGCUCGCAAAAUCUACUCUUGACAUCAAAUACGCCAAUCGAUUAUCAUGGAGCUUGUCUUCGUUCCUAUAAGUCUACCAUUCCUACAAGACACAAAAGAAAGUCCAAAGUUAGAGAAAAAUGGUUUUUAGUAAGCGAGGGCUCUCAUAAAGCUCCACUCUACGAAUAUCAGACCAAAGAUACAAGUGUAACUGAACCUGAGUCUCCAGAAUGUAUUCAUUCGUAUACUCUGGCUUCAGAUGACGAGUACAAUCCUCAUAAUGCCUUCAACUUUUCGCUAAAUAAAACAAUUAAUGAGAUACAAAAUCAACUCAACGGUAAUCCGGAAAAAGGGGUAAUGUUUACAAGUCCAAACUCAAACUCAACUAAGAAUUUGUUUGACAACAUUGUUAAUGACCAAAAUAAACCUGUUUCAGAUUUGAAUCAGGCAGAUCAGAGAUCCACCUCAGUCACAAAAUCAAGUCCAUACUUGAGUGCCCAGAGUGCACACAGCAAGUUUUGGGGCACGAACAAUAAACUCCAUGGUUCUAUGGGAAAUUGGACAAAAGUUUAUUCUUACGAACAAAAACGGGUACACGAAGAAUUAACGCAACCAUAA